UUACCAAUAAUAGAACCUCAUCACUUGUCUUGUAGUAUGUAAGUGGGACCAAAUGGUAAUAAUCAAUCUCAUAAUUAGGUGGUACCACUGAGAACAGCAAUUACAACUAGUACUUGAGUUGUUAUUAUUGUUGACCAAUUUCCAUUUGUGAUAAAUACAAGCAUAAUGAUAGCUAAUAUUAUCAUAAAUAUCAUUAAGAAACCAGACAAAGACACCCUCCUAUUUCCAUCAAUGUGUGAUGUGAGAAUCGUGUUCCAUCAUUAUUCCUGCACAUUAUAAUAAACAAGGAAAGUUAAGCACUAAAUAAGGCUCACAUCAUUACAUUUACAGAAUUUGAAUAAACUUCACAUCAUUACUACAUUGCUAUUUCUACUGUUUCAAAGGAAAAUACAAUAUUGAGUGUCCUUUAUUAGGACCGUAAAUUUGUCCACAAAUUAGGACAGAAAACGUCAAUGGUUAAUUCAUUAGGGUAGUCAUACAUGGUUGCAAAGCAUGUGGCACAUUAUAAUUGGUUCCUUAUUAGUAAUUUGUAGUUUCAUUCUUUAAAAACAAAUGACAAAGAGAAGAGAAGAGAAGAGCAGAGUUCAGUUGUUGAGAUAUUGUGUUUGAAGAACUAAGCAUUCGAUGCCCAUACAGAACAUACUAUCCAAAUCUAACCCCAACCCACCAAAUCUUUCCCUCAAAAGUCUCAAUCUUUGUCUUCAAUCUUUCUCUUCAUCUUCCAUUCCACCCCCAACCCACCACCACAUUGCUCACCUCAUCCUAGACCAACCAUCUCCUUCCCAAGCUCUCCAAACCUUCCGAUGGGCAUCCAAACUCCCCAACUUCACCCAUUCUCAAUCCACUUACCGAGCUUUGAUUCACAAGCUCUGUACUUUUCGCCGUUUCGACACUGUCCACCACCUGCUCGACGAAAUGCCCACAUCCAUUGGCUCACCCCCUGAUGAAGAUAUCUUCCUCACUCUCAUUCGAGGACUUGCUAGAGCUCGAACAACCCCACAAAUUAUCAUCAAAGUCCUUAACUUUGUUUCCAGGUUUCAUGGAAAGCCUUCUCUCAAGAUUUACAACUCCAUUCUCAAUGUUCUAGUCAAGGACAACAUAGACAUAGCUAGAGAGUUUUACAGGAAGAAGAUGAUGGCUACUGGAGUUGUUGGGGAUGAUUACACCUUUGGGAUUUUGAUGAAAGGACUCUGCUCCACUAAUCGAAUUGCUGAUGCUUUUAAGCUUCUGCAACUGAUCAAAUCCACCAAGGGAGUCACUCCCAAUGCCAUCAUCUACAACACAUUGCUUCAUGCUCUAUGCAAGAAUGGGAAAGUGGGCAGGGCAAGGAGUUUGAUGAAUGAGAUAGAAAAGCCUAGUGAUGUCACCUUUAAUGUCCUCAUUUGUGCUUAUUGUGCUGAAGAAAAUUUGAUACAAGCUAUGGUGCUACUGCACAAGUGCUACUCUUCAGGACUUGUACCGGACAUUGUUCCUGUAACCAAGGUGAUGGAACUUCUCUGCAGCUCGGGCCGUGUAUCCGAGGCUGUUGAGAUUUUAGAGACAUGGGGGAGUAAGGGAGGCACAGUUGAUGUUGUUGCUUAUAACACCUUAAUUAAAGGUUUUGUUGCCUUUGGAAAAGUGAGAGUUGGGCAUAGAGUUUUUAAGGAGAUGGAGACUAAAGGCUGCCUUCCCAAUGUGGAGACAUACAAUUUGUUAAUAUCUGGUUUGUGUGAGUAUAAGAUGUUGGAUUCAGCUCUGGACUUGUUUAAUGAAAUGGUGACAGAUGGGGUCAAUAGGAAUUUUGUUACUUAUGAUACAUUGAUAAGAGGUUUGUGCUCGGUAGGGAGGACAGAAGAUGGAUUUCGGAUCCUGCAACUAAUGGAGGAGAGCAGAGAGUGUGGUCGAAUCAGUCCUUAUAACAGUAUUGUAUAUGGUCUGUAUUUACAGAAUCAAACAGAUGAAGCACUUGAGUUCCUGACCAACAUGGGGAAAUUAUUUCCUAGAGUUGUUGAGAAGAGUUUGAGGAUUUUAGACUUGUGCAAGGAGAAGAAAGUAGAGGAUGCAAAGAUCAUUUAUGAUGAGAUGGUUGAAGAAGGUGGAGCUCCAAGUGCUGUUGUUUACAGCCAGUUGAUUCAUGGCUUUUGCGAAGAAGGGUGUGUUCGGGAAGCAUUUGAGUUGAUGAACGAGAUGAUUAGCCGCGGCUGCUGCUCCUCUCCCACUUCUUCAACAUUGAAUGCGCUUGUGCUCGGGUUUUGCAGGCAAGGCAAAAGUGAUAGUGCAGUGAGGCUGAUGGAAGACAUGGUUGGACGAGGAUGCAGGCUCGACGCAGGCAGUUACAAUGCUGUGAUGGUUGCCAUUUGCAGAGAGGGAGAUGUUGACAUGGCUUCAAAAGUUUUAACACAAAUGAUUGAAAAUGGAAUUGUUCCUGGUUUUUUUAAAUGGAAUUCAUUGCUUCUUUGUUUAUAUCAUCAAGACACACCCCACAUAUUCCAUGUAAAUAAGUUGAUUGACUACAUAAUAAACAAUUAAUUUGCUUUGUUUGUUUGUUUUUUUGUCCAUUAAGAUUAAUGUCAUGUGGUGAUAUUGCUGUGAUUGGAAUAAUAUUUAUUGAGUUUGGCAUUUCA